AAACAUCUACGUAUUUCAGCGGUGUUGGAGUCUCACUCGGUCGACGGACUUGGGUUUGAAGAAUGGUGGACAUUAAGUUUUCUCGGAUUUUCUCCCCCUCGUUGCUCCUAUUUUUAGUGGGGGUGUGGUUUGGAAGUGUGAAUUGCAGUGACGACCAGCACAUAAUUCCGGGGUAUGGGUUACCUCUGCAGGAGGGGGUGGGUGUGGAGCUAUUUGGGGACAGCAUGUCGGAGGGCAUCCUUCGCUCGCUGCUAGUUCCGAGUUACAUGGAAACCGUCCUGGAAUUGUUGGAGGAUGACGCCGAGCGAGAAAUUUGGAUUCAGGAAUGGUCUGACAAUGUCAAAAGUCCGGCUUGUGUGGGGCAGGUGACCGACUGGGUAGUCACUUUAGCCAAAAUUGCUGCAAACAUUUCCAACGUGGAGGAUGGUGAUGUUUGGGCAUUGCAAUUGAUUGACGCUUGGGGAAAAUGGCCUGAAGGAUUUUUGUCUGGUCAUGUCAACGCGCUUGGAGACUUUGAUGAAUGUGUCGACCUCAACGUGGGGAAAUAUGCACCUUCUAAUCCUCAAACGCCGAGCAGUUUUGCGGGUCGAUACUGCAACACGUACCUUUCACCGUACACCGAAGCGAGAUUUUCGAAAUAUUGGGCUACGUUCCCACAAAGACCAACUCCUGGUCCUACUACUGCUCCCCCGACGUCAAUUGGGGGUCGAAAAGCGGUUUCUCCAGCCAAACUUUGGAGCCUGAUCAGCAUUGCAUACGGAAUUAAACUAUUCCCGUCAGUCGGAGUUUGUUUUCCCAAUACUUGUGAACAAAGUGACAUUGAACAAAUUCUGAUGAACAUUUUCCACUCGGUCUUAUACGACUAUCCCACAAACGGAACUGGGAAGAUGUGGCCAGCCGUGGAGUUCUGCUACGUAGGGAAGAAGCCAGAUUUGGAUGCCGGUGACUUUUCUGUCAUUGCUUUGCUCGGAGUGAUUACAGCUCUUGUGGUUGUAUCUAGUGUGGUUGAUAUCUGGCUGAAUCGUGGCGUGGAUAAGCCACCAAAACGAGGAGUGGCGUUUCAAUGUCUCAACAGUUUUUCGAUGUACACGAACAUUCCGAGAUGGCUAAGCACAAGGGCUACCGCAGAUGAUUUGGGAUGUUUGCACGGAAUUCGGUUUCUCAGUACGGCUUGGGUUAUCCUAGCUCACACGUGGUUCGUUGUGAUUUAUAUUCCGUAUUGGAAUUUGGUCGACGUAAAAAUGCUUCAAGAGAAAAUUAUGAUCAUGACCGUCAUCAACUCCACAGUUGCUGUUGACACUUUCUUCGUCUUGAGUGGUCUCCUCGUCGCCUACAAUGUUCUCAAAAUGUUGACCAAGACGAAAGGAAAGCUGAAUAUUCCCAUGUUUUAUAUUCACAGAUAUCUCAGAUUAACUCCAGUUUACGCAAUAUUAGUCGGAGUGAUGGCCACUCUCGUACCGUACACUGGACGAGGUCCAUACUGGUUCAUUAUGGAUCGAUGGGGUCAAAUUUGUGUGGACAACUGGUGGACGAACAUGCUCUACGUGAACAACUUUGUUAACACGAGCUGGCUGUGUCAAGGAGAAGCAUGGUAUUUAGCGAACGAUAUGCAAUUCUACAUCGUUUCUCCUCUCUUCCUCCUUCCCUUGUAUCACUGGGAAAUGAUUGGCGUUGCCAUUCUUGCCGUUCUCACUGUUCUCUCAACUGUAAGCCCAAUUCUGCUCGUUCACUUUUUGGAAACUUCCCCCACAACCAUUGGCACCAAAUUAGGGACGAAACCAGUUGACACCUGGUUUAAAGACAUCUACAUCAAGCCAUACGCAAGAAUUCAGACCUACUUUGUUGGCGUUUGGUUGGGUUACAUUCUCUUCAAGACGAAAGGAAAACGCGUCAAACUUCCAUAUCCAGUCGUUGCAUUAUUUUGGGCGCUAUCGACCGGAGCCACUCUUGCUGUUUUAUACGGAAUUCGCGACUGGUUUGACCCCAUGGUCGAAAUUCCGACAGCGGGAGGUCUCAUGUACGCCGGGUUCAGUAGAUUUUCUUGGGGCAUAUCGAUAGCGUGGGUUAUCUUCGCCUGUGUCAAAGGAUAUGGCGGAUUGAUAAACGAUUUCUUAUCGUGGAAGGUCUUCAUGCCGCUGGGGAGACUGUGCUACUGCGUGUAUCUCGUGUCACUACAUUUGCAAAUGAUAUUACACGUCUCAUUCAAACAACCAAUCGGAUAUUCAGAGUACACAAUGAUGAACUUUUUCUUUGCCCACAUGGUGAUGGCAUACUUAAUUGGUUUCUUCUUCACACUGAUGAUAGAAACGCCGUUUAUGCAGCUGGAAAAAAUUUUAUUUGAAGGAGGCGGGGGAGGGGACGACGAGGGGGUGGUGCCGGUGAUGGACAAGCAGUCACGCCGAAAGACGGAACAGACGAAGGUCGGCAAGGAAUCUAUUACAACGCCGCACCGCCUGGGGUAACUCCGGCUGAGGGUGAACCUAACCCUAAGCAAGAAUAGUGUGACUGGGCGUGAUGUAUGAUAUUGUGUAAUGUUAAGUUGUACAAAAGUAUAUAAGUAUGAUCUAGUGUUUUUUUGAUAAUAAAUCUAUUUUGGAAAGAAAGAAAUAAAAAUUGAAUUAAAAAGAU